UUGGCGGAGUCUGCUCUGUGUUGACAAGCAUUAUGCACUAGUCCACAAGAGAAGUAAAUGGUGGUUUAUCACCGCCUAAGGAUUGGUACAAUGUAAGCAUCACGCUCCCACAUCUGAGGUUUUACUCCCAAAAAUGCAAGUUUGCAUGUGCUCUUGUAAUGCUCAAGUUAUGUGAACAAACUGAUGAAAACUCAGAAGCCAAGGCUCUGGUUUAUGAAAUUGUCCCAUAUUGAUAUCAUUGGAGCCUUCACAACAGCACAAUGCAGUUUAGACAGAAAGUCGAAUUAUCACUGCUGAGCGACUUGGCACCGCUGACAGUUGAAUACGCCAGUCAACACUAAGACGAUAACACCAUUAACCAAUCACCAUCAAGGUCGUCCACCAUCAGCUAAUCAGUGUCGAGUUAAUACACCGCCAGCCAAUCAGUGCCAAGGCCCCAAGUUGGGGAGUCCUGCACGACCUCGCUCCAUGAUCAGGACGUAGAGGUCACUUAGCGAGGCUUCACUUUGACCGGGGACACACACACACCUGGGUCAUCGUCACAAGAUCACACUGCUUCAGGGUCACGCCUAAUCCCGAGGUAGUGACACUUCUUCAGGAAUUACACCCUCCCCCCCCUCCCAAGGUCACACUUCGAGGCCCACACAUCAUUGAAGACGCUCGAGGCCCACGCAAGUCGACCCCCCCCCACCCACGUCUAGGAUGGCCCACACCCAUAGUCUGCUGCUCCUGCUGGUGGGCGUCGCCGUCUCGUCCCUGGGUCACACUCGGACGUCCCCUGCUGAGAUGGUCGCGCAGUCAGGCCACGUCCAAGGUGACGCAACUCUGGGCCGCGAACCACAGCCCAGUCUAGACAUGAAAACAAACCAUACACAGACCAGCCCAGACCACAGAUUAAACCGUGUAAAACCCAGCCCAAACCUCACGACGAAUCACACACAGCAGACCAGCACAGAUCACAGAAUGAGUCACACACGCUCUAACCCGAUUCUAAGACCACCACUACCACUCAUACCGCCCAGUACCCAGGAGGACGGCUCAAUAGAGCUCUCUAAGGACGCCUUCAGGAGCCGGACGUCCUCACAGCCUCGCCGGAGGGAUACCAGCAGCAGCGGCGACCCUGGGCCACACCCUCAGGGAAGUGAUGGUGAUGGCGGCAACGUAGACAACGUUUUGGCUGCUCUGGUUGGCUACUCGAGGGAUCCUGAACUAUGGCGCUUCGUCCACAGUGUAGUAGAUGAGCUGGACUACAGUCGGAGGGCAAGGAGCAAAGUGCCAAUCCGAAGUCGCCUGCCAGCCCUCCAUCUUUCACCCUCCAGGGGCCGCAGGUGGAGGGCCGCUCCCGUUGAUCAAAACAAGUCUCCCAAGAACUGGAUGAACGAAAGCCAGUCAAUCAAAAUUAGCAGUGGAGAUGAUGGAGGAGGGGGGAAUGUAGAAGAUAUAGGAGAGGGAAUGACCAGCUCAGCACCACCCCAGCUGCUACCACCACCAACACACCUCAUCUCUGAGGACCAUUUUGACUUACUGGAGAGGACGCAGCAGCCUGGCCAUCACUACAAUACCUCAUCAGACACCCGAACACUGGCACACCAAGAUAAUAACACCAUUACAGUGGACCCUUCAACGCGACCUCCACACUUUAUAUUCCAUAAGGUUUAUGUUGAAGCAAAUUACAAUGGUCGUGGUAGGCAACCAUAUCGCCGCCCAGUCUUGGCAGUCAUGGCAGUUAGCAAUGACAGGACAUCUGCCAUAGCUACUACCAAAGACAAGGACAGUGAUAUAGCAGCCUCCAUGGAUAUUAUAACAUAUCAUUUAGCAACUGACAGCACAAAAGAACUCCCAGACAAGUCUGAAAUGCUCUCUGUCACUCAAAAAAAUAUAUCUGAGCUUUCUGAUGAGGAUAUUGAAUCCGUGGAGCAGAUAAAAAUGGAGAAUACCCCAGAUGAUAUCCCAGAGUUUUGGAAGAAGAUGCAACGCAGGAAUCACAACAAAAAUCGCUUUGCAUACAAGGCACGAAAAUUAUACUCAUUUAAGAAUCAAAUUAAAUUCCUCCAGCGGUGGGAACAGAAACUGUGGCGUCGAAGUCAACGUAGAUCACCAUAGCAACUACUUAACUAGCCAAGCUCUAACCCUAGAGCCCCCCCACACGCAUCCUUCCAGCACACUUACCAUCAUGUUGAUGUAUACACAGCACUCUGAACUUUGCUCUCCAUCUGGGUCAUCUCAUGUUUUACAGAGGACUCUCAUCCAAAAGAUCAUCACAUCCCUACUUGCCCUGCCUUUGGAAUAUCCAGCAUCAAGCACAACACAGCCCCAUAUAGCUUAAUCAUAUCAGUCAUAUCUUCAGAAUAUACUUAGUUUUUUAGAGCUUUCGUAAAUAAUAUAGCUAGGAUCUGAUGAUGUGAGUCUAAUUUCUAAAUAAUACAAGAAAUAGUGCACUGUAAUUAUUACACAGGUUCUUUUGUAAAAAGAAAUAAAACCCAUUAAUAUAGAAUGAUUGUUGGAUGCUGGUAACAGUGAGCAGAGCCUGCAAGUUAAAUUUUUAUAUUAGUAUGAUCUGCCUCCCCACACACACUUUUGAUUGUUAUUGACAGCUCAGGUCACUCCCGACUGCUUCACUUAAAACUUUCAUGAUUAUUUAAAUGUCUUAAUGACUACCGUAAGUGUUCUCAUGGUUUGUUAACUCCGAGUGAAGAUUUUCUCUUAGAUUGUGACUUAUCCGAUGCUUAAGCAAUACUUUUACUUUUUACAUUUAUCCUCUUUGCCACUGAUUGGCUCAUUAACCACUUGGGCAGUUGGUCACAUUUCUGUUACACACUGUUGGCAAGUACUGGCUCCUGAAUGUAUCUGUCCCUGCUCCAGUGUUGUUCAAGUCUGGUCUUGAAAGAGCUCACAAUCUGGCAGAUUGCUCCAAGAGUACAAUUCUCACUCCAAAAAAGUUUGCCCUCACAGUUUUCUGGACUUGUAACUUCUUCAACCUUGAGCUGUGACCUCUAGUGGGGUGGGCAUCUGCCAGCUCCAGGUAUGGACACUUAACUGAGUAAGUGCCCUCCGAGAUGUUUAUAACCUCAAUUCGGUCACCCCUUGCCUAUUUAUUGUAUAAACUAGGUAGUUGCAAGCUCUCCAAUCUCUCUGGGUAACUGAGGUUCUAUAGAGCAGGCACCAGUCUGGUGGCCCUCCUUUGGAAAUUUUCAAUUGACAUUCUCUAGCAUAUCUCGGAACCAGACACGGUGACAGCAUCUUACUCUUGAAGAUUGUUACGAGGGACAAACCGCCGUCUAUAUAUUUGAACAACCUUCUUAUAAGACCUACUAGUUUAGUUGUUUGAUUCACCUUCCCAAAAUGGCCCGAGAACUUCAGUUCGUUGUCAACAUACACACCCAGGUCAAUGAUAUUGAACUACCUCAACAUAGUUUCUCUCACAAUUUCAAGGAAAUUUUUUUUUUUACAUUUUAUGUAAUAAGUUCAUGGUGGUCAUUGGUUUAUUUUAUAUUUAUAAGAGUUGACAAUAAAAGGCAAUAUUUCAUAUGUUAUUUCCAGUAUCUUAAGCUGGCAUAUAAGGUAAAUUAACCCAAAAGUUUUAGGUUAUUAUGUUACACCAGAUCAAAGGAUAUCAUGGGUAUGUUUCCUAUGUUCAUAUAACAAUAUAGAAGUAGCUUCUGCAUCUUGCAGGAGAUGAAAUGUCUUGUCAACAAUAAUUACAGUACAGUAUAUAUAUAAAUAAAAGCCUAGGCCUAUGGUCCCUUAGAGAUCAAGUUCAUGGUUAUGUUGUAGUCUGUGAUGCCAACUUUGAAUGAGAACUUACAGCACUAGUGUGAUAAAAGAGUGAUGAAAGAAAACAUUUCCCUGGUAGAGAUUUAGGCAUGUCCAGCAUAUGAAAAGUGAUUUAGUGAAAUUGUAUUUCUAAAUUCUAAAACCCUUUUAGAUUCUCAUUAUUACCUUGUUUAGUGUACUGAAGUUCAGUUAGGCCCAGAGAGUGACAUGUGUUUUGAACCAGAGCCCCUAUAAAAUAGUUAUUUUAGAAGUGAAUAGCAGAUGUGUCCUGUUGUUUGGAAAAAAAAAAAUGAGCCGCAUGUCAAAUACAAGUCUUGGCACAGCCCCAGCUCACCAAGUCGUCACCCAGAAUUAAUAUAAAAAGUACUUCUUCACACAGAGUGGUAGACCUUUGGAAUACAGUAGUCUACUAGUUGAAGCCAUGGAAGUAAAAACAUUACUGGAAUUCAAAAUGUCCCUGAACAAGACUACAGUAUCAAGAACAAUCGAGAGAUCCUACACAAGCCAUUAACCUCCUUCCCAAGUCAGGGCCACCUCUAGUUGUGGUGGCUGUUAGGUAAGUUUUCUUGAAGUUGAAAAGAGUGAUUGCUGUUGAGAUAAGGAAGGCCAGACAGUGCUCAGCAUCAGGUAUGAUUUAUAACUGCUAUCAGAUUUGUUAUUAAUUUCUCAAGUUCCAUUAGGGAAUAAACAGCAACACUGCUGAAUUGUGAUAAGGAGAAAGAGGAACCCUGUGAUUGGU